GAGCGAAAGCAAAAACAGAAAUGGAUAGUUAACAGUGUGGCCGUGUGUUAUCUUGUCCCCGAAGUAAGUUCUAAUUAGUUUGGGGUUAGGUAAUAGGAGAGCUAGUUGAAACAGUUUUUAAUCCAACAUACGAGUAAGGUACAAUAAUUUGUGUGUAUUUACAGGUUCAUGAAAGGUUAGCAAGCCAUAAAUAGCCGCGACUUUCUUAUCUUUGAGAAAUGACGUCUUUAGGAGAUGAUAACCACAUUGUAUGCAUAAAAUAUACAAAAAUUACAAUUGUCUACUAGACUGUAUUGGUAAACUAAUUUAUCUUACCUUUUCCCUCGGCUAACACAUCACACAAGUAGGUAAAUAACAAUCAACAAAUACCCAACAAGUAGGUAAACGCUUAAGAAAAAUUUAAAGCAAUUUCCGCAAAAAUUCGAUCGCAUGGUCACCUCACACUUGUACGUUAUUCAGAAGCGUGUCCGACAUCCAGCAUUGUGUACGGAACUCCUCGGGGCGUCAGUUGUCACGCGCCCACUCACUUAUCCAAUAAGUGUUGCUUGUUAUGCCCUCGGAAGUCGGCUAGUGAUCAGUGCCAUGAACGUCCUGCUCACCCCGCCGACCUUCAAGGUGUCAAUCGAUCAGAUGCUGCUGCCGUUACGCUCUUACAACUCGAGCGAUGGCUUCGGUCGAGUGGCGGAGCAACUCAACUUUGCAGCGGCGCCGUCGGAGGACGAAGCGGAGUACCCGCCCGGCACCUACCUCAAGAAGGGGAAGGUCUCGAGGCAAGACCCGAUGUCUCACCGAAUAAUCGAGAAGCGUCGCCGGGACCGAAUGAACAACUGCCUGGCCGACCUUUCGCGCCUCAUCCCUCCCGAGUACCUCAAGAAAGGCCGCGGGAGGGUCGAGAAGACCGAGAUCAUCGAGAUGGCCAUCAGGCACCUCAAGUACCUCCAGGACAAAGCCAAUGCGGCCGAGCAGCAAGCGGCGGAGGAGCACUUCAGGGCCGGCUACCAGGAGGCAGCUGCCGAAGCCGUCAGGUUCCUCGUGGAAGGCCACGGGUACGGCGCGGCUGACGGCCUGUGCAACCAGCUGUCGACGCAUCUGCAGAGGCAUUGCGACGCUGUUACCAAAGGCGAGUCCAUCCCCCGGGACAAACUACGCUCGCACGCGGGCUCAUCAUCAGAGACUGCUAGUUCCUCCAGCAGCUCGCACGGAUACGGCGUGAAGGCGGGCGUGAUCCAGGCGCCGCCCGCGCCGCCGCCCUACCCUGCUGACUACGAGCCGGAGCGGCCGCAGGAGCACACCUACCCCAUGGACUGUGACAGAGUGCCCGCCACCCCGAUGUCGCUGACCAACGGCUCGAGCGAGGCGCCGGCGCAGGAGCCCAUCGACGCGCGACGCAAGCGCGAGCCGACGCUGCGGACGGUGCGCCGCGAGCACGCCGACGACUACCUACACUCGUAUAAGUUCAAGAACUCCAUCGAGAGGCGGUUCUCCAGGUCGCAGGACUCAGAGCUCUUAUUCCCUCAGGCCGCCGAGCAAGCCCGCACCGGCGCGGCGCCGCACAAGGCGUACAACAAGCGGCGCCGCGCCGCCAAGCCGCCGCCCGCGCCCAGCACCUCCACCUCCAACUCGGGCUCCACCGAGGAAGCCAGGGACACCUCGCCGCAGGACACGUCGAGCGAGUCGCCGCACCACCACAACCACUACGAGAAGCCACUACCGCCCGCGCAGUAUGUGCCGGUGUUUGCGCUCAACGCUCUCGGCAAGUACUACGUCCCCCUAAGCGUGGAAUACGCGUGCCUAGCGCGGCAACUCGGCCCGUACGAUGUGCUCGACGCGCGCGCCGCCGCUUUGGCCGCGCCACUUCACCCCGUCACUAUCCACGUCAACUUCCAGCCUUGCCUCAACUACCAUGUAAAGCGGGAGCCCACCGAGCGCGACUGGCGCCCGUGACUGGCCAACGGUGCUGAAUACACGCACUGGCCUCUAUGAAGUCCACUGAACUCUUUACAGCGGUGUA